CCCAUUCCAUCCCCUCCCUUCCUCGUUUUCCUCUUCUCUCUAGAUCUCUUCUUUCUUCUUCCUGUUGCUCGAUCGUGCAUCGAGCGCGAAGCUCGUCAUCAUAGGCGAUAACAAGCGACUCUGUUGCGUAUUUGAUUCUUUCAGAAAGAUACACAUGAAUACGCUUUAGAUUAUAAUCCAAUGGAAUUAUUCAGAAAAGAUUCGGUGCUAGGUAAUCUAUAAUUUACACGUUUGGUAACUCUUAUCUUUUUUCGUAGGUGUCAGAAAAGAAGAAAGUUUUAUGAAAGAUAGCGGCGAAUCGGUGAACGAAUAUGUGUGAAAUAUUAAUAAAUAUAAGCAAACUUGUUGAAAUAAGACGGAAAGACGAUAUUGAGUGCUAAUCAACUUGUUCGAUAUUCGUCGUGAAUGACACAUAAAUGUUGCGUUAGACGUUUCAAAGGAUCCAAGUUCAAGAUAGAUUCGAGAUUUUUCUACGUUAUAUUAGACGAACGUGCAAACGUACGAAAAUGUAAGAAUGCAUUUGUUGAAUGUGAUUCUUUUUUCCUCUGCGUUCUCGUUUCUUUCUCGUGUAAUCUUCUCCUAAGGUCAUUGUACUUCCGGUAACAAAAAGAAGACACCGUAGAAAACUAUCUCUAAAUAUCAUGUUUAUUACAUACGUCGGAGCAAUAUCGUGUAGCUAGCAUUCGAGGAGAGCUAUUCAAGCGUUCGUCAUUCCUUUGAAUUUCUAUAAUAACAAUUUCAUCUUUCUUUGACGUAUUAUCCCACGUUGUAAUGUAUUCGAUUAUUAAAUGAUUACAUUGCGAUUAACACUGUGCGAUGAGAUUUUUGUUAUACAAUUAUCAUAAUCACUAAAGAUUAAUCUCGGUAAGCAAUCUUGACAUGCAUUUCAAGCUACUUGUCUUGGUUUAUUGUCUUCGAAAUGACAUUGAUUUAAAAACUUGUUGCAUAGAUAUCUAACACGUGAAUUCUGGGGAAGCUAAUCUCAUCAUGAAAUUGAAUCGUAAUGAAAAAGCAAAUACAUCAUUCGGUUUUCACUCUCACUGACACGAGAAAGCAGGAUAUCCUUCGAUUCUUCUCUCUCUCUCUCUCUCCCCCUCUCUCUCUCUCUCUCUCUCUCUCUCUCUUUCUCUUUCUCUUUCUCUCUCGCCCUUGCCCUCUGUUUAAUUGGAUCAUUAAAUUGGUAUUGAAUAAUAUUUAGUGUGCGGUCAAUUAAUAAUAAUAUUUAUUCGAAAUGGAAAAAGUUGAUCAAGAUGAAAUGAUCAUGAGUCUUCAUUUUCGAUAGACUUACAAUUAACGAACUGUAAAGAAAACGAAAAAGACGAUUCGUCUUUAUCAAAGAUGUCAAAGAUCGAGUUAGUGGGUCGACAGUUUAGAGAAAACUGCUCGUCCCGACGAAGCAACGUUCUUACUACCGAGGGACCCUUCCUUCUUCUUUCCUUUUGUCUUCCUCUUCCAUUAAAGUACGAGUAGAAGAGCUCUAAUUUAAAUUUUCCCGCAAGAACAUUUUACAGACGUAUCCAGUUAUAUUUCAGAUUUGCGAGUAAAAAAAGGAGAAUAAAAGAAAGUGGGAGAGAAGGAAAUGGAAUUGAGAGACAGCAAAAAAACAGUUUUCCAAAGGUUCAUCGUAGAUAUCUUGGCAAAUUGAAGAUAAAAAAGUAUUAUGUAGCGAAUUCUGAUUCUGAAAUCAGAUCGAUAGAAGGAGCCCAGAAAAUCAGAAUGCGCAGGUGGCAUCGUGCGAGGCACUGUCCUGAUCGCAGAGUGGAGACGAAACUCAGUCGCGUCCCGGCCACCAGACCAGUCGGAUGUUUCCGUUUGUUCUUCCUAGCGUGGAUUCAAUCCGCCGUGAAUUAUCGCGUUUUCUAUUGUUUUGAAAUCUCUAUUGUUGAUCAAGGUCGACUCGAAUAUCGGAUGUAUACGAACGAUUGAAAAAAUGUUCUUUGCGAUCCAUUGAUUUGAGCAUUGAUAAAGAAAAAAAGUGAACCUCGAAGAUGUACGAAAGCAGGCUUCGUUCGUGAGGAAGAGGGCAGACACUUGCAUAUAUUCGACGAAGAACUUUGAAUGAUUCCACCAAAGUGAUCAUUGUAAUCGUUUAUGAAGGACAUUUCUCGCGAGCCAGACAUGUUAAUACCGAUGGCGAAAGAACGCGGUCGCCAGUAAACGAAGUAUGAUCGGUGGAAAUUCGUCGAUCGCGAAGUCGAUAAAUUACUGGUUGGAUCGACGAGAGUUUUAAGUUCCGAUCGUUGGCACCGUUUAAGGAGGACUUGGUUGUCUCUUAAUAUUUCUUUGAGAAUCUCGAGGAUCGAAGAAGAUGCCGAAGAACAAUAUGUGGAGACAAAGGCGAGUAGUCGUUCCUAAGAGAACUAUCGAGCUUAUCGCCCUGGUGGCUAUCUCUUCUACGCUUUUUCUUUUUUUACACACGAGAGAGCUUCACUCGCGUCUUCGAAAAAUGGAGGUACGUUUGCAGCCGGCCGAGGAUGAGCUUUUCUCGGGUAAACAACUUUUUUCUGGAGUUCAAACGGAAUCUACACAGAGCGGGAACGAUCAUUAUUCGAGCUUACAGCACGUUAGAGAGAAGUACGAAGAAGCGGACCUUCUCGAUGUCGAUGGGCUGAACAACACAAAGGAAGCUGAGAGAUUGGUGCUUUUCUUUAAUCGUGUACCGAAAGUUGGUUCCCAGACGUUCAUGGAACUAUUAAGAAGGCUUUCCAUGAGGAACGGCUUUUCCUUCAAUAGAGAUCGCGUUCAAAAAGUCGAAACGAUACGUCUCAUCCCGAUCGAACAGCUUCAACUUGCCAGAGUGGUUAGCAGUUUCCCCGAACCAUCGGUCUAUGUGAAACACGUGUGCUUCACGAAUUUUACCAAAUUCAAUUUACCGAAACCAAUUUACAUAAACGUAGUUCGAGAUCCAAUUGAAAGAGUUAUAUCUUGGUAUUACUACGUUAGAGCACCCUGGUAUUACGUCGAGAGAAAGCAAAUUUUCCCCGAUUUACCCUUACCCGAUCCGAAUUGGCUGAAGAAAGACUUUGAGACGUGUGUAUUGAAGGAGGACCGCGAAUGUCACUAUCUGGAGGGAGAAAUACACGAGGGUAUUGGUGAUCAUCGUAGACAGACACUUUUCUUUUGCGGACACAGCGAAAAGUGCACUCCUUUCAACACGGUGGGAGCCUUAGAACGUGCCAAGCUUGCAGUCGAGAAACAUUAUGCGGUCGUUGGUGUCCUCGAAGAUGUGAACACUACCCUUACUGUUCUGGAGAAUUACAUACCUCGAUUUUUCCGAGGUGCCACUCAAGUCUAUCACGAUCAAACGAACGCUUUUACAAGUAUCAACCGAAAUUUUUUCAAGCCAUCGGUGAGUGAAGAAGUAAAGGAUAUCGUUCGUAGAAAUUUUACUCGUGAGAUCGAAUUUUAUCAAUUUUGCAAGCAACGACUGUACAGACAAUUGAGAGCGUUAAAAUUGACCAACACUGAUUUCACAAUGAAUAAUCGUUUGUAAGGAAGAGAACAAAAUUAUUCUUUCUCUUUGCUUUUGAUAAAUUUUCUCACCGAGAAGGGAUAACAACAGGUUCGAUUUAGUUUCUUUCUUUGUUUUUAAGAAAAGACACACAAACGACCAACUGGUCAUAAAUCAGAAAUGAUAUUUACGAAUGCUAGCCAUAUACGUAAAUACCUUUGUUUUUUCUUUUUUUUUCUUUUUUUUUUAUAAUACAUAUGUAUAUAACUACUUGUCUGUUCCGUGGUUAUAUCUCGUUGUCGUUUUACUUACAACUUGUCUCGUUCGAUUUGUCCAACUUUUCACUCCUUUCGAAUCUCGAAUAUUUUCGAGUCGUGAAUAUGGUUGUGCAAAUGUGUGUGUGCGCGUGUGUGUGGAUCAAGUAAUACAUAUUUAUUAGAACUUGCCGUAAGAGUUCGUGAAAGGCUUGCUUGAUACCUCGAUUUCCAUUAGAACGAUCUCGACAAGAAUUCGCUUGAUUUGUUAUCGUAUAAAUCUUAUUGUUAGAAAAUGUUUCCUAGUUGACACCUUCACCGACCACAAAAAUUUUUUAUGGUGAAUUUGUCAAAGACUGACAAAGAAGAAUUAUCGUAAUCAGCAAUUAGUUGAAAGUUUCAAAACUUUACAGGGUAACUUUUGAUGAUUUAUUGAGAAAUGAUGAUUAUAAACGACAUUUGUACUAUUACUAA